GCUAGCCUAGGAAUUUUCUAUUGUCCUCCGUCAUGCCCGAGCCCGCGAAGUCAGCGCCCGCCCCGAAGAAGGGCUCCAAGAAGGCGGUGACCAAGGCGCAGAAGAAGGACGGCAAGAAGCGCAAGCGCAGCCGCAAGGAGAGCUACUCGGUGUACGUGUACAAGGUGCUGAAGCAGGUGCACCCCGACACGGGCAUCUCGUCCAAGGCCAUGGGCAUCAUGAACUCGUUCGUCAACGACAUCUUCGAGCGCAUCGCGGGCGAGGCGUCGCGCCUGGCGCACUACAACAAGCGCUCGACCAUCACGUCCCGGGAGAUCCAGACGGCCGUGCGCCUGCUGCUGCCUGGGGAGCUGGCCAAGCACGCCGUGUCCGAGGGCACCAAGGCCGUCACCAAGUACACCAGCUCCAAGUGAGCGCGCGCAGCGCCCUGAACCCAAAGGCUCUUUUCAGAGCCACCCACUCGUCAUUCAAAGGACUGUAGCUACAGAUUUGUUUCGUCAGCCGGCCCGGGCUAAUAAAUAAGGUUGCCAUUUGUUAGCGGGUUAUAAGCGGUGAUUCUACUCAAAGUUGGUUUAAGAAAUUGUUUGCAGAUGAAUUUUUGACAGAUGAAACUGUCAAUUCCAACUCCCUUUUUGAAGUUAACCCUUUACCAACACAAAAUUGCGGAAAUAAACGCUGUUUGUAA